UCUCUUAUUAUUGUUGCCUUCUCUCUCUCUCUACAGUUUUAUCUCUCUCUCUCUCAUCUGAACUCCGCGGCGUAGAUCCGAGGAGUUUCAGAUAAACACCGCCGCUAAAUCAAAGCUAAACCGCUCUCUUACGUACUUUUUCUUCCUCAGAUCUUCGUUCGAGUUGAGUUUUUUCAGUCAUGGCUGACAAAGUACCCGAGGGUUCCAAUUUCGAUGCUCGCCAGUUCGAUGCAAAAAUGGAUGAGAUACUUGGUGCUGAAGGCGAGGAAUUUUUCACUAGCUAUGACGAGGUGUACGACAGUUUUGAUGCCAUGGGCUUGCAGGAAAAUCUUCUUAGGGGCAUCUAUGCAUAUGGUUUUGAGAAGCCCUCUGCCAUCCAGCAAAGAGGGAUUGUUCCCUUCUGCAAGGGACUGGACGUGAUCCAACAAGCUCAAUCUGGUACUGGAAAAACUGCAACCUUUUGCUCUGGAGUUUUGCAGCAGCUCGACUAUACUUUAGUUGAAUGCCAGGCCCUUGUUCUGGCACCAACUCGCGAGCUUGCACAGCAGAUUGAGAAAGUUAUGCGAGCCCUAGGUGAUUAUCUUGGUGUUAAGGUCCACGCAUGUGUUGGAGGCACCAGCGUUCGUGAAGAUCAGAGGAUUCUUUCAAGUGGGGUCCACGUCGUGGUUGGUACACCUGGACGUGUUUUUGACAUGUUGAGAAGGCAGUCACUCCGCUCUGAUUACAUCAAAAUGUUUGUGCUCGAUGAAGCUGAUGAAAUGCUCUCCAGAGGGUUCAAGGAUCAGAUAUACGAUAUCUUCCAGCUGCUGCCACCCAAGAUCCAAGUGGGAGUGUUCUCCGCCACUAUGCCACCAGAGGCUCUUGAAAUCACCAGGAAGUUCAUGGCUAAGCCCGUUCGUAUUCUCGUGAAGCGUGAUGAGUUAACCCUUGAGGGUAUCAAGCAGUUCUACGUUAACGUAGACAAAGAGGACUGGAAACUCGAAACCCUCUGCGAUCUCUACGAAACACUUGCCAUCACUCAGAGCGUCAUCUUUGUCAACACUAGGCGCAAGGUUGACUGGUUGACCGAUAAAAUGAGGGGCCGUGAUCACACUGUAUCUGCCACCCAUGGUGACAUGGACCAAAACACGAGAGAUAUAAUCAUGCGUGAAUUCAGGUCCGGUUCUUCGAGGGUUUUGAUCACGACUGAUCUUUUGGCACGUGGAAUAGAUGUGCAGCAAGUCUCUCUUGUGAUCAAUUACGAUCUGCCAACUCAGCCUGAGAACUACUUGCAUCGUAUUGGUCGGAGUGGAAGGUUUGGGAGAAAGGGUGUUGCUAUAAACUUUGUCACUAAAGAUGACGAGCGCAUGCUUUUCGACAUACAGAAGUUUUACAAUGUUGUGGUUGAGGAGCUUCCAGCUAAUGUUGCCGAUCUACUCUGAUGUGGGCUUUUGCUGAUUUCACCGAGGUUAAUGUUUCUUUGUUUUCGAGUAAGUUAUUUGCGUUAUUUAUCUAGGUUAGUUUAACGUGUAAUUGACUUGGUAAUUUGGGAGAUGUGAGUGCCGUUAUUUGCAGAGAGGGCUUUCAUCUUCCAAUAUAUGAUUGCACUGAAGAAACUACAAGUUUUUGGUUUGUUCGUUUUUUUGUUGUAUCUGUCGAAAAAAAACUGAAGAUUUCGAUUUUUAUUUGGACUACAUAGAGGGUAUUUUUACUAGCUUUAAUAUUAUUAUUGUUUUGAUAUU